UCACCUGGGCCCACCUCUCCAGCCUGUCCAGGUCCUUUUGGAUGCCAUCCCAUCCCUCUGGUGUAUCGACAACACCACCAACACUCAUGUCUCGGUACCGCCCUGAGAUCGUAUUAAAAUGAGCUUUGAAUGAAGUCGCCUGUUUGGGAUGAACAGUUGAUGGACACAGCGGGAAGAAAACAACCCCGUCCUGGCGUGUGUUCAAGCUCCUUUCUUUCCAAUUCCAGGGCACGAUGUUCCUGGUGGGGCUGUCGGGUGGCAUCGCCACGGGGAAGAGCACGGUGGUGGCCGUCCUGCGGGAGCUGGGCUGUGCUGUGAUUGAUGCCGAUGUUCUCGCCAGGGAGGUGGUGCAGCCCCACUUCAAGGCCCAUCAGCAGAUAGUGCGGUACUUUGGCACCGAGAUCCUCUUGGAGAACGGCGAGAUAAAUCGUGAGGCCCUAGGAAACAUUAUCUUCUCCCACCCGGAGAAACGGCAGCUGCUGAACUCCAUCACCCACCCGGAGAUCCAGAAGGAGAUGCUCAAACAGAUCUUGAAGUACUUUGUGCUAGGCUACCGCUACGUGAUCCUUGACAUCCCUCUGCUCUUCGAGACCAAGAGAUUGACCAAGUUUAUGAAAUACACGGUGGUGGUUUAUUGCGACCCGCCGACGCAGCUCUCUCGGCUGAUGAAGAGGAACGGGCUGUCCCAGGCGGAGGCAGAAGCUCGCGUGGCCUCCCAGCUACCCCUGGAGGAGAAGUGCAAAUUGGCCACUCACGUCAUCGACAACUCCGGGGACCGGGAGAGCACGCGCCGGCAGGUCCUGCGGCUGCACGCCCGCCUGGAGGAUUCCCUGGAUUUCCUCUGGGCACGGCUGGCGGCCGGCGCGGUCUUGGCUGGGCUCGGAGGGCUGGUGUACCUCCUCCUCCGGCAUUUCAUCUCUUAAUUCACCUUUUCUUUUUGGCAUGGAAAAGGGCCUGAAUUUUCCAGGUUUGAAAAGGGCAGUGAAAGGCCACCUCUUUUAAUGAGCUUUACCAGCUGAAUGCAGACAGUGGGAUGAGGCGUCUCCUUGCAGACUUCCCAAGGUGAACGUAGAGGCUCCAUCUCCCUUCUCCUUUCCUCCUGCUCAGGUUCUUCCCCGACCCUGCAGCUGUGGGGUGGGACCCCUCCCCUGUGGGGUGGGACCCUCCCCUUGCCUGGCUGCAGCCCGUGGAGGGGACGAGGCCCUCGUUGUCUCCCCGUGGGUCUGUGUGGUGGGGCUUGGUGAAUUUAGGCACUUUAACGUCUUCCAGCACAAUCUCCUCACCGGGGGAAUAGGUGGCCUCUUGGGUGCUGUUUCUGCUACCGGGUGUCUCCAGGCUGAUCCCCUCCCACCUCGCAGCCCCAGCUAAUCUGAAUUUAAAUGUGGGAUUUCCCUUUCUUUCACACCGAUUUAACGGAAACGUGUUAAAUCAUCCUUGGGGGGGGGCCCAGGCAGUGCCUCAUUCCACGUGGCUCAGGUGCUCAGCUGGCUGCUCGCCCUCCCUCCUGCCCUCUGUUCCUGCCAGCGUCACUCGUGGGUCUCCCUUGGCUUUGGAUCCGAGGGUCCCAUCCAUCCCCGGAGCCGGGACUUUGCCUCCUCAAACUCAUUUUCCGCUGUUUGAGCUUUACCUCCGGCGGUGGUUUCCCUGCGGGAGAGCAGGAGCCGGGGCGAAGGCGGGUGCUGGCUUUUCACGUUCAGUUUUAAUAAAGU